GUCACUUCCCGCCGCCCGCCCGCCCCUAACGGCCGCUCUCCCCCAUGGCGGCGGCGGUGGGGGCUGGGGGGGCAGCAGCAGCAGGCGGCGGCGGCGGGGGGGGCUCGGCGGCGUUGGGCGACGGCGGCGCCAUUGACUACUCGGUGCACGAAGCGUGGAACGAGGCCACCAAUGUCUACCUGCUGGCGGUGCUGGCCAGCCUCGCGCUCCUCGUCUACGCGCGGCGGAACAAGAGGAGGAUCAUGCGCAUCUUCACCCUGCCCCCCGCCGCCGAGACGCCGCCCGAGCCCAACUUCUACGACAGCGUGAAGAAGAUCCGCCUGCGGCAGCAGCUGGAGAUGUACUCCAUCGCAAGGAAGUAUGAACAGCAGCAGCAGCAUCCACCAAAACAGGCUGAAAGCGUACAGCUCUCAGUGGAGUGAAGCCCCACAGCUGUAGGAACUCAGGAUCAAUGUCCAGUGCCAAUGAUACGAAUCAGCGUGGAGCUAUUUUCAAUGCCUCCUAACUGGUACAUAGCUGAAGGCAAGGGAGAAAGGAAGGGGACUCUCCUAAAGACUUUGUUCUCAGUAGCUUUUCUCUGAGCCCUGUGAGGUAAACAGAGUGCCUACUGAAACAUUCAGCAUGAAGGUACCUGCCACAGGGUAGCCCCGCUCAGGGAAACCUCUGAGGGGAGAGAAGGCCAGCCUUACCAGUGUCUUACAUUAUUUCUCCUUGCCAGCACCUUCAAAAUCAUCUCCUACCUUCUCUGGUAACGGCACCCUAGAGAGAACAAGGCAGCACCUGGAAACCCCUUUUGUUCCUUGAUUGCGCAUUGUUGAAUUUGCUGAAUAUGUUCAGUAAAUGCGAGUGAAGACGCUGCGGCCUCACCGCCUAGUGAAGACUGACAGCUUUGAGAGCCUGGGGCAUCGCUGGCGGUAGCGCAGAAAGAUUCUGCUCUCUUGUGUUUAUGUGGAGGCUGCGUAUGCAGUACUGUGAACCUUUCCUGGGGAAACUUUGAGAAGUACACAGUGAAUUGCAUGUCUAGGAGGCACUUAAAUACUCUAACGUUAAUAGCAAAGAUUGCUAGCUUAAUUUAGUCGAAUUGCUUAAAGAAUGAGAUUGUCUAUGAAUAUUUGCGUAAACAGGAAGGUCACAGCUUAUCCAGAAGAGACAUCAUGCCCCAGUUACUUUUUUCAUUCUAGGUAAAUCACAAAAUCCGUUAAUUUAAAGAAUACUGGAGAAAUCACUUCUUAAUAAAAGCAUCUAAUCAUGAAGACUA